UCUUGUCGCUGUUUCGUUCCUCAGUAAAUCAUUGAAGACAUUUUAGGGUGUCUUUUCGGCCACUCAUUCACUAGUACUCAUUGUUGUCAACGAUCGGUCGCAAAUGUGCGGUGAAACUACUUCAGCCUCGCCUACGGCGGCUGCGGCCUCUAAUGCAGCCAACACGACGACUAUCAAUGCCCCAGUCCAGCUCAUUCCUGAGGUCACAGACGACAGUGCAUCAGAGCUUGGCGAGAGUAUUGCCUCAUCAAGCACGAGCAUUUCGAGCUCCAUUCUUGACUUUCGACUGGAGAACGGAAGAACGUAUCACAGAUACAAAGACGGCAAAUACCACAUUCCGAAUGAUGAAUCUGAGGCGGACAGGUUGGACUUGCAACACAACAUAUUUCUUUUAACCCAAGACAACAAAUUGGGGCUCGCACCGCCCAAUGAUCCCAAGUCAAAGGUCAAGAGGGUUCUUGACGUAGGCACUGGUACUGGAAUAUGGGCAAUAGACUUCGGCGACGAGCAUCCUGAGGCUGAGGUUCUGGGAAUGGACCUUUCCCCGUCAAUGCCUGAGUUUGUCCCCCCCAACGUCAAAUUCGAGGUAGACGACCUUGAGGAGCCCUGGAUGUAUUCGCAGCCAUUCGACUACAUCCAUAGUCGUGCGAUGAAUUCCUCCGUCAGUGACUGGAAGGCUUAUAUGAAGAAAUGUUUCGAUAACCUGGCACCUGGUGGCUACUUCGAGAUGCAGGAGUUUGAUCUCUAUCUCAAGUCGGAUGACGGUACGCUGAAGCCGGACCAUGCUGUUUCUAAGUGUAUCGACUUGAUGUACGAUGCAUCUGUCAAGUUCGGGCGUCCGUAUCAGCAUGUGGCGCCCCUUGCGGAGGUAAUGAAAGAUGUCGGAUUCGUCGAUAUUACAAUGCAUGUAGACAAGUGGCCCACGAACUCAUGGGCUAGGCAACGCAAGUACAAGGAGCUCGGCAUGUGGAACAAUGAAAACAUGACAUCCGGCGUCGAAGGGUUUACCAUGGCGGCUUUCACUAGGGCCCAUGAGUGGAAGAAGGAAGAAGUCCAGGUCUUCCUGAUCGACGUAAGGAAGGACCUGAAAGACAAGUCCAUCCAUGCGUACUGGCCUGUGUAAGUCAAUUGUUGAAUAUUGAAGCCUGGAGGCUGACAUAACAUACCAGGUACUUCAUUUACGGUAGAAAGC